AUGGAAGAACAUUUAGGUUCUAGUUCUCAAUCACUCUCACUAACUGACGAACAUGAAACCUCACCUAUGCAAAAGAGUAUACACUCUGAAAAUUCUGAUGAAUCUGAGCCGUUUAUAGAUGUACCGCAUUCAGAAGAAGACAGUGAUUACAUGGCGUCUAUGAUGUCUUCGUCACAUUCAGGAUCAGAAAAAUCAUUAAAUUUGAGUGGUACACUAAUUAAUGCUGAAGAUUAUAUUACCUCAUCAGAUGAUAGUAGUCUUAAUUCAGUGCAUAUGGGUGAGUCUUCGGAAUCAUAUGAAUUUGUCGUGCCUGGACCUGGAGAGAAUAGAGAACAAAUCCUCGCACCUUUGAUUAAUGAUGAAAAUAGUGAACCAGAAGAUGAAAAUCGAAUUUAUUCAACACCAAUCAUUGCAACAACACCUGAAGUUCGACCACCAAGUCCAGCAAUUUCAGAAUUUACAACCAACUCUAAUAUAUCAGAUCUGAGAAGACAGAAAUUAGCUCCUAAUAUUUCAAAUAUAUUACUUGGACAAAAUCGUUAUGAUUUUCAAAGGGAAGAUAUCAGUUCACGUGAGCUUGUAAGAAGAUUUAUUCAUCAAGAAAUGUUGGUCCCAUUUUUUCAAGGAUUCAGUUGGGCAAUUGGAAUGCAUCUUUAUCGUUAUUUACGAUAUGGAUUCUCAUUGAGGAAUUUAUGGAGAAAUUUUUCUACAGGAAUUACGGGAAAUACUGGCAUCGUUCAAAGAUGA